UAUUUACAUGUCGCACCUCUUGAAUGUGUACCAAGUUACUGGUGUCGGCAUAGUAAUAAUAUAGUAAAUGCCUUAGAAAAUGCUUUACAAACAAAUAAAACACUCUUUGAUCUAAAUCUAAGUAACAAUUUUUGUUCAAUGAGUAACUUGUUGAAAGCUUUAGAGACAAAUAGAUCGCUUACUAGACUAAAUAUAAGUGAUAGAGAUUUCUUUUUAGAUGAAAUAGAAGCUUUUUAG